GCAACUCCCACUUCAUUCAAUCCAUCAACAUCACAAAAUCAGAAUGCAACACUACAAACCACACUCUGGCUCGACUUUCGAGGGAUACUACUCCAAGUUCCGGAUGCCGUCCGGCGCACACCUGGCAUUGAUCAUUUGCUCGGUACCAGGAGCCAAGGAGCGACCUCACAACAUCACCUUUACAUAUGUGCCUGAAGAUGUGACAAAAUGCUUCCAGCGCGAAGUUUUCGUCGACAAGAUAGAUAUGUUCAAUGGAGAGGGUGAUGUCGCAUUUGAGCAGCAUUGGAAGGGAGGCUACGUAAAGGUCUACAACGAUAACAAGACCGAGUAUCGCAUCGACCAUCUGGAAGACGAGGGAUUCAGCUUCACAGGAACUACGACCAGCCACACACCAUGGAUGCCCGACAUGGAUACUCCAGAAGGCGCCCUCGUCUAUCUGCCUCUCCCACUCCACUGGCACGUACACUCAGUCGCCUCAGACUGCGAGUUCGAGAUGAAGAUCAACAACUACGACCUACCUGAAGAAGACAAGAAGGGUGUCGCAUCAGUUCACCAAGAAAAGAACUGGGCGAACAGUUUCCCUUCGGCUCAUCAUUGGGUGCAAGCCCGUGACGGCGACCGCGGCAUCUGUAUUGCUGGCGGUGAGAUCCUCGGUAUGGAAGCCUACCUCCUCGGCUACCACGCCAGCGACCCGAAAUACAACAUGACCUUCCGCCCACCCUACGCCGUAAAAGCCGCCGGUAUCGCUCCCUUCAUGAGUGUCAAUCAUUCCUGGGACACUCGUACCUUCGAACUCAGCCUCCAAAGUUUCACACAGAAGAUUGUGGUUACCGCGAGAGCACCGAUCGGCCAGUUCUUCACAUUGAGCUCGCCAUUCCCUGAUGGUCAUCGUCUCAACUUCUUGGCUGAGAGUUUCCGCGCUACCAUUAAUGUCAAGGUGUAUCAUGCUGGUGUGCUGGGACCUUGGGAGUUUGUGCAUGAGGAUAACUUCGAAAAUGGCAGUCUCGAGUUUGGUGCUGGGUACUAUCCUCCUGCUGGUAAGGAGGAACGUUUCUAUUGAGGAUGUUGCUCGGUACAGAUCAUGACUUUUCUCAUCUCUUGCCAAAAAGCAUUCUCGUAAUUUUAGUCAUGCAGCGGUUCAUAAUUUAAUCAAUGACCAAAAACACAUGUAUACCUA